AUGGGGUCCUUGGCAAUUGGUCACCAGUACUCCUCCCUGGGGACUCAGCCCAUCCUCUGCGGGAGCAUCCCGGGCCUGGUGCCCAAGCAGCUGCGCUUCUGUCGGAACUACGUGGAGAUCAUGCCCAGCGUGGCAGAAGGUGUAAAGAUUGGGAUCCAGGAAUGCCAGCACCAGUUUCGAGGGAGAAGGUGGAACUGCACCACUGUCAAUGACAGCUUAGCCAUCUUUGGGCCCGUGCUGGAUAAAGCCAGCUCCCCCAAUUUAAUGAGGUCCCUGGCUCCUGCCCCUCCUCACUGCCUUCUCUCUCUCGCAGCCACCAGGGAGUCGGCCUUCGUCCACGCCAUCGCCUCCGCCGGGGUGGCUUUCGCCGUCACCAGAUCCUGCGCCGAGGGCUCGGCCACCAUCUGCGGGUGUGACACGCGCCACAAGGGCUCUCCUGGGGAGGGCUGGAAGUGGGGGGGCUGCAGCGAGGACGUGGAGUUCGGGAGCAUGGUGUCCCGGGAGUUCGCCGACGCGCGGGAGAACAGGCCCGACGCGCGCUCGGCCAUGAACAGGCACAACAACGAGGCUGGAAGGACCUCCAUCAUUGAGCUCAUGCACCUCAAGUGCAAGUGCCACGGGCUCUCGGGCAGCUGCGAAGUGAAGACCUGCUGGUGGUCCCAGCCAGACUUCAGGGUCAUCGGCGACUACCUCAAGGACAAAUACGACAGCGCGUCCGAAAUGGUGGUGGAAAAACACCGGGAAUCCCGCGGCUGGGUGGAGACCCUCCGUCCCAAAUACAACUUCUUCAAGGCCCCAACUGAGAAGGACCUGGUUUACUACGAGAACUCACCAAACUUUUGCGAGCCCAACCCUGAGACCGGCUCCUUUGGGACCCGCGACAGGAUCUGCAACGUCACUUCCCACGGGAUUGACGGUUGCGACCUUUUGUGCUGCGGCCGCGGGCACAACACGAGGACUGAGAAACGGAAAGAGAAGUGUCACUGUAUCUUCCACUGGUGCUGCUACGUCCGCUGCCAGGAGUGCAUACGAGUCUACGACGUCCACACGUGCAAAUAAAGCGGGCAGAACCCUUGGCCGGGCUCCGAGUGGAGAAAUGGAUUUUGAACCUACUUCCUCUGAGGUUGCAGACGUGAGAGAAGUCUACUUUUUUGAUAUUAAAAGAAUAAAAACUGGACAAAAAAAUAAAAAAUAAAAAGGCUAAAACUGGUUGGAUAGAAUAGGUCUAAUGACUUCUGGGCUAUCCCGAGGUACGUCUGGCAGUCACACAAGUUCUGCCCCAACGCCGAUGCCUCCGGAAGGAGAGCAGCUUUUUCCACCAGCCCUCAACACCGAGCUGGAAAGAACAGCAUUAGCAAAAGCAUGGAUUUGCUCUGCUCCCACCCGCCUGAAGUGACUCGUGUGAUUAAGUGUCCUUUGAAAGACUUGCAUCUUCCUAAGCAUCUCCUUUUCCCUCAGCCAGGCAGAGGCUGCGCUGAACAGCAGCACGGAGCUUUCUGAGAGAUCUCCCUGCAAACCCAAAUGGCCAGACUGUGUAAUAUGAGCAACAGCAGCAAAAGAAAUAAAAACAGACAAAUUAAGGAUUUUUUUAGUAAGGAACAUGACUACUUCUUUGCUUUUGCUUUGGAACCAGAGAUGUCUACAAAUAUCUAACAGAGCUGGAGAGUGGGCAAGCUCUUGAUGUGAACUUUUUAGCGUAGUAGCUUCUGCCAGAUUUGACAUAGGAUCCCGUGACAUCUGUAGAAAGGGAAGGAGGGAGAAGAGGAGGGCGAGGAAGAGAGAAAUCUGCUGAUGACUUCCUGUAAACGCCCUGUUGGCACACGGGUGAUGUGCACAGAACAGAGAAGUUCAGUGUCCUGUCUGUGAAGUGAAGAGGACUCUGUGCAUUGAGAAGGACACAGUCCCACAUCUGGGAAUGCUGCUGCAGCUCUCCAGCCUGGGACAUGGCUCAGCCAGUGAGUCUUCCUUGGAAACAUGCAGUGCAGUGAGUCUCUGGGGCUGGAGAUCCACUCCUGAGCACAGGACAUCCAUCUCCUCAGCACCCCAGGGAAAGGAUGGGAAGGGAAAGUGUUCACCCUUCCCACCUCGUUGGGGAGGUCUGUCACCAGCAGUGGAAAGUGCACUUAGUUCUUCCACUCUCUGCACCUGAUGCAGGCUUCCCAGGCACUUGGCAGCAGCCUGAGCCCACAAGUCUGUCAGAAACGUGGAUCUGAAGGACUCAUUGUCACCCAUUAAUUGACAUGAGGGUGAACUGACCCACCGUCACCAUCACACCCCACAAGCUGGAGCAGUCUCAGACUCAAGCCAAACCUUGUUCCACGGCUAAUUCCUACAGCCAUUCCCACCUAUAAAAGUGGCACAGAUUAAAAUGAACAAAACCCAGAGCAUGAACCAGCCCAGAGUUUGGCUAAGUUUGGACACAGAGCCAAAUCCCAGCUUUGCAGGGCUGGCCCAUCUCUGCUGUUCACCCCUGACUCCCCAUCAUCGCACGUUGCUCUGCUUCCAAUCGAAGAUCAGGAUCACAGUUUACAGAAUCAGGUCUCACCUCCUCCAUGGGCAUCAGGACUUCCUUCAGGGUAUCAGGCAUGAACUCAGCCCACCACCUUGGUAUUCACAGCACUGUGACCCUGCUUGGGUUAUUCCUGGUCAAUACUGGGAUAAAUGAGGGGUGAACCAAGCAAGGAGUAGCAGCCUGCUUUAGCUCCAGAUGCACUUGCCCUGUGUCCUCUUUGCCUUACCCCUGCUUUUGGGCUCCUAUCCUGGAGAAAGGACAAUGGAUUGGUGUUUAUUCUGUCUCUUCAGCACAGAGGAAAGGAACAGGGCAUGAGUUAACUCCCAUUUCACAGCAAUGUAAUCAUGGCUGUUGGCUGGUUCACUCCUGGAAAUCUUUGUAGAGAAAUCAGAGUGCUCCUCUCUGUGUAUCAGCCUUUUCCCAGGAACCAACGGAGGGAGUACAGAAGAAGAAGGGAACAAACAGAGCUUAAUUCCAUCAGAGAGAAAACAGGAGGAAAUGAUGCCUCCGAGGGCUGGCUCUGAGUCACAGCGUCUCCUGGGACUACUCCUAGGCUGGUGCAGUUUAUGCAUCACCCAUUUGGCUCAGGGCUGUGCCCAAGGGCACAAGGAAGAUUUGCUUAUUGAUGGAGGCACUUCUAUUCGUGCUUUG